AUGAGGAAGGAUUCGGGACCAACGGAGUGUGUAUCGGAUGUCAUUGCUAGGUUGUUGAAGGAAUACUCGGAUGUGGAGUCGGACAUGGUUGAACGACUUCACCAGGCUAUCGAGGAGGAUGAAUCGUACAAGAAGUUGGCUAGUCUUGUACGAAAAGGGAUAGUGCGGAGAUAUUGGCUGGACAAUGAUCUCCUAUAUGCGAAAGAGGGUCGAAUCUUUGUGCUAAAUGGGAAGUCUGCGAAAAUUAUUGAUGUCAAAGACACAUGA